AUGGAUGAUCCUUUCAACGCUGGCUCUCCGGGUCCGGAAGAGGUCGAUCUCUACGAACUUCUCGAAAUCGACAGAACCGCAACACCAGACCAGAUAAAGAAGGCUUACCGAAAGGCCGCUCUCAAGUACCACCCAGACAAGGUUGCCGAGGAGCAGCGUGAAGAGUCAGAAGCCAAGUUCAAGGAAGUCACACAAGCCUACGAAAUUCUUAGCGAUGAGCAGAAACGCGAGCUUUACGAUGUCCACGGCAUGGCCGCUUUCGACAAGUCCCGCGGUGGCCCCGGCGGUCCUGAGGUCGACCUCAACGAUAUCCUUUCCCAGAUGUUCGGUUUCGGCAUGGGUCCCGGAGGCCCUGGAGGUCCUGGCGGCCCCGGCGGCCCUCGUCGACCCAGACGUGGCCCUGAUGAGGAGCAAGAGUACAAGGUCACCCUGGAAGAGCUUUACCGUGGUAAGACUGUCAAGUUUGCCGCCAACAAGCAGGUGCUCUGUGGCCAGUGCAAGGGUUCUGGUGGCAAGGAGAAGGCCAAGGCUGCGUCUUGCGAACGUUGCAAGGGUAACGGUAUCGUCGAGGCCUUCCGACAAAUCGGCCCCGGCAUGAUGCGACGUGAGACUGUUCUUUGCGACCACUGCCAGGGCGCUGGCCAGGUUUUCAAGGAGAAGGACCGAUGCAAGAAGUGCAAGGGCAAGCGAACAAGCCAAGAGAAGAAGGUCCUAGAGAUUUACAUCCCCCGAGGUUCCAUGCAGGGCGAGCGCAUCGUUCUUGAAGGCGAGGCCGAUCAGCACCCGGACCAGACACCUGGUGAUAUCGUCUUCACUCUGGUUGAAGAGCCUCAUGAUGUCUUCACUCGCAUCGGCCACGACUUGUCUGCCGAGCUGACUGUGACACUUGGCGAGGCUCUAUCAGGUUUCUCCCGUACCGUCUUCAAGCACCUCGAUGGACGAGGUAUCCAUAUCGAACGCCCCCGAGGCAAGAUUCUGCGACCAGGUGACUGCCUCAAGAUCCCUGGUGAGGGUAUGCCCAUGAAGCGUGGCGAGGCCAAGGGUGAUCUGUACCUUAUUGUCAAGGUUGAGUUCCCUGAGGACGGAUGGCUGAAGGAGGACUCCGAGCACGACGCUUUGCAGAAGAUGCUGCCCGCUGCUCCUGCCAACGUUGAGGCUGAGGAGGUUGAUGAGGUCGAGUACGAGGAUGAUGCCGACAUUGAGAAGAUGGGCGAAAACUCAGGCGACGGCCGAUUCGGUGGUGACUGGGAAGACGACGACGACGACAUGGGUGAUGGUCAAGCUCAGUGCCAGACACAGUAA